AUGGCAGAACAAGUAGAUUUCCAGGACUUCAAACUGAAUAUCGAGGAGAUUGGAAGUGAAGUUGAUAGAGGUUCUUUUGCUGCUAUUCUAGAACUGAAGUAUCGAGGUCUGAAAUGCGUAGGCAAAAAACUGCAUUCGAUUCUCCAAACCCCAAGUAAAUCUAGUCACCCAGUGAAAAGAUAUCUCGAAGAAUGUCAACUCCUCAUUAAAGCGCGGCACCCCAAUAUUGUCCAGUUUCUCGGAAUUUGUUUUGAGGAGAGCUCUGAACUCCCAAUCCUUGUCAUGGAGUUUAUCCCCACCAACUUGACCAAGUGUCUUGAGUGCUACGGUAUUUUCCCUGAUGAGAUCAGUUUUUCCAUUCUCUAUGAUGUGUCACUGGGCCUUGCGUACCUCCACGGCCAAACACCUCCUAUUGUGCAUAGAGAUUUAUCUGGGAGCAACAUCCUACUCUCUUCCAACAUGACAGCCAAAAUAGCGGAUCUGGGGGUAGCCAGAAUCUUGAAUCUCACACCUCUUCAAAUGACUGAGGUUCCCGGCACCCCUGCAUACAUGCCUCCUGAGGUUAUGGUGGCUAACCCCCACUACGAUACGAGCAUUGAUCAGUUUUCUUUCGGAAUUUUGAUGAUUCAAGCUUUCACAGCAACUUGGCCUAACACAAGAGCUUGGUCCAACUCAAAUUGA